AUGUCAGCACUAGGCAAAUUAACAAACUCGAUAUUCUCCGCGACAAAUGAAAAUAAUAUCCAGCUAGCUGCGAUCAAUUUCGAUUUUACGCUUCUGAAGUUCGAGGCACCCAAAGAGUUUGGACCAUUGGGCUCAGCUCUAUCCCGACGUCGUCGACACGACGCCGAAGAAGGCCAGCCUCAUCGAACCGCGCGCCGGCUAGGUGCUCUAUUUGAGGAUCUCAUACCAGACUCUCCGAGGCUGAUCGAGUCAUUUGGCACCAGGGUCUCCCAGGUGGUCCAAACUCCCGGAAUCAGCCCUUCUGGUUCAGGGAUCCACGGGCCAUUUGAGCCCUAUGUAGGGGCUGAUGGGACCACGCUCUGGGCGGCUGCGACAUCAGGAGUCGCAUCAAUUGGUGUCUACCUGUUGUCGUGCCUGCUGGCCCGCGCCUGGGACGCAAAACAGGCCACUGCCAUCUGGGUCGAACUGAUCAAGCAGAGGAAACAGGAGAUCCAACAGGCAUAUGCAGAGAACAAGAUUGUGGCCGCAGCCACUCUCUUCGCGGCGCGUCAGGAAAUCUCGCGCGACGACCUGGCCCGAUGGGACAAUAGUGCCAGGUCCUGGCUGCGCAGUGCAGAUCGAGCCAAGCAAUUCGAGUUUGCGCAAUUAAACCUGAUCCAGAGAAAUCUGACCCUCCCCGUGCCCGCAAAUACCUCAACAUAUGCCAGUGUGCUCAACACCUGGCAGCAAACCAUGCUAGGCCUGGAGGCGCUGUUGUGCGGCACACCCAUCAUGAUUUCCAAUGGAUCCCUCCUCGUGGCUUUCUCCUCGUGGCAUCUAUUUCCAGAUUUGAUCGUGCUAGGAAACAAGGCAACGCAUGUGAAAUUUCGCGACCAACUCUUCCCCCCAGGAGGGACGGGAACUAUCAACAGCGAAGAGGCAUCGGACCCGAACCUUGAGGGGGGCCUGAAAUGGUCUCUGGCUCUUUCCCAUCUGAAAUACUACGGAGAUCCAGUUGUGGCUCGCAGUAAGCGGGACUUCACCCGCGUCACCUUUCGUCAAUUCAGACUGGUGCUCCUUGGGAGUCUGUGUUGCGAGUGGAAGGUGAGCACUCGUGAGUUUGACGUAGUCGCCCAGUGGCUCCUAGAUAUCUGGUCUGUCCUUGGGAAAUUGGACUCGGACGUUCGCAGUCGGUUUCAAUGGCUCAAACAUCUCGUUGACGCCGCCCAGGACCUGCUUCACUGUGGAGGGCUGGUGAAACAGACCACUAUGCAGCUCGUCCAGUAUGGUCACCGAAGAGCCAAAUCCUUCCUGUUGGAUCGUUCCCAAGUCCUGAUUCCCUACUUCGGAAUCUGCAAUCCCCGGACACUGGCGGCUCUGUCACAGCACAACGAUCGGGAUUGCGCGAUAGCGUAUCUGCGACAACUCGCGGUGGAGUUGAGAUUCAGACCAGAAGAUGCGGUGAUAUGCUACGCGCUUGGAGCGUCUCAACGCACCGAUCCUAGCAUGGUCCAGCAUUGGGAGAUUGCCACCGCGGUGGCUCAUCCCGCAAAAAAUAGGAAAAGGGACCUGGACGGUCACUUUCUCUCUUCAGAGCAGCGCCACUCCAGACUUUUUGUGAAAAGAUCGCACAAACAAGGGUUCAGUAACGAGCCAAUCGACCUGGAGAGCUUGAUGUCCAAGUGUAUUGAACUGGGCGAAAACUGCUCCGUAAUAACGACCAGCCAGCCCAUCUGCCAGAAGAAGAUCGACACUAGCAUCGAGGUUCCAAAUUUUGCAGUCUUCGAUCCGUCAGCGGCAACUGCCAAUUCCUUGGGCGAAUGCAGUCCUGGUGGUGGAGAGACUUGCGCCAGCGGGCCAUGGACUAAAUACAUCCUAAUUUACGGCGACUGGAGACUAGGACUCUAUGUCAAAGAAUCAGGUCCGAAGCAGCGCUAUAUGGAACUCCAUGACAGAGCUGUCUCAGCGGCAAUGGGACUGCUGAGUCCGGCCAGUGGGAUACAGGAAUUCGGAAAGGCAAAUAUAGACCCUUGCAUGCUGGCUGAUUAUCUUUCCUUGAUCGCCGCAAAGGAACUCCCCAAGUCCAACGAUCGGUGGUCAUGGGCAAAGGAAGAUUCAGUAUAUAGGAGAAGGGCCCCGGGCAUGUUCAUGGUGAGAGAAUAUUCUCUCCUGCCCAUCAAUUUCCGCAACUCCCUCCAUGGGUUCAGCAUGGCUGCCGAAGUGUAUGAGAAUCUGGGUGACGCAACAGUUUCUCUCAAGAUCUUAUCACAGCCCCUCUAUGAGGCAUCCUGGCUCCCCGACCCGUUGUGGUUUCCACUGACCAUCUCCGAGUCCCCCGUCGCCCUGAUCCAAUGCACGGCUGCUAACUUUCUUCCGGCCUCGCUUCCUCAUUUGGACCGCGCCAAUGCAUUCUCCUGCAUUGCCCGAUUUGAAACGGGUCUGAUAGAUCUCAACCCUGAAGACAUUGGCACCGCUCUCGCGCUGUGCUCGGAAGACUCCAUCUUCGUGGCCGCCGUUGUCCUCUCGGAUCCAUUCGAUCCGCCUGCCUCGCAUGAUAUUCGGCGGAUCCUGGGCAAUAUCGGGCACCCAGGUCUUACCCUCUUGGUCGCGCCGCAGGAACCCAAGAUUCGAGAGCCCAGCGACGCCUUCAACGUGGUCGCUCAUGCUCCGUAUGACUUUCAGCGCGAGAACAACUUCACUGGUACCUCUCUGCACCUCUCAUUCACAGACUGGAAAUUCCCGCUCAAUCCGGGCGAUGAGAGGACAAUUGACCAGGAAGUGAUGGUGGUGGAAUCAGUCAUCUCCGUCCUUGACCGAGGCAGAUGGGUCGCCGAUCUGGACAUUAUGUGCAUCGAUUUUGAAGAGCUGCCGCGCGUCGCAAAUGUGUGUGACAAGCAUGAACGCAACACUCACGACUCAAACUAUGACUAUUUCUCUAUCGAUUCUUGGGAUGAGCUCCUCGAUGUUCCGGAAGGGGUGGGCAUCUUUCGAGCCCAUGGUAACUGGGCCGCUCGUUUGGCCGCGGUGAGUAUUCUCUCUCAGCAGGGACAGGCCCAUAGUAUUGGGGUCUUCGGCUGUCAGCCCGUAUGCUUCAAGUGCUUUGAGGAAGAACGUGAUGAGGGAUGCUCCCUCUGCCUGAUGCGCCGGGUGGUCACCGACUGGGAGUAUUCCGCUGGUCGCGAUGGAGUGAUCUGCUCAUGGGAUCUCAACCUACCUCUCUCCACAUCCAAACCCUCUCCAGCUCUAGGAGCUCAAAAGUCAGGACCAACUACCUUCAGACAUCAAGUGCAGGCCCACAGCCAUUGGAUCAAUGACAUCGUCUUGACCCAGAAUAAUUCGGCCCUCGUUUCAGCUUCAUCCGAUACCACCGUGAGACUCUGGCGACCACACUCGGAAUCCACCGAAUUGCCCUCACCCAUCGGCAAACAUGCAGACUACGUCAAGGCCCUUGCGACGCCCGGAAGUCACUCUAGUUGGGUGGCCUCUGGAGGACUCGAUCAUAAGCUUUCCCUGUGGGAUCUGAAUGGUGGCGGCGAGGUUCUCAGCAUUGAUGCUUGCGGAGGCGAGAGCACGGCCAAGGGGUCCGUUUACGCGCUGGGGGCGGUCUCUUCGGUCCUCGCCAGCGGCGGCCCGGAGAGCGUGGUCAGAGUCUGGGAUCCGAAAUCUGGAAAGCCGAUCACCAAAUUCGUGGGGCAUACAGACAACAUUCGAGACAUCUUGAUCACUCGCGACGGGGAUAGGAUCAUGACCGCCUCUUCAGAUCAAACCAUUAAGAUCUGGUCUCUCACAGCAGGAAGAUGCAUGCACACCUUGACGAUGCACAACGAUAGCGUCUGGUCGCUCUACUCCAGCCAUCCACAGCUGUCGGUCUUCUAUUCGAGCGACCGUUCCGGCUUGGUUGCCAAGACUGAUACAAGGCACUGCUCGGACGUGGAGCAGGGCAUUUGUGUCGCAGCUUUGCAAGAACACGAGGGCGUCGUCAAUGUGGUCGCUGCCGGUGAGUACAUCUGGACUGCCACCCCCAAGUCCAGCAUCAACCGCUGGUACGAUAUCGAUACCACUGCAGAGAUCGAGUCUCCCUCGUCAAGGGGCCCCGCAGGCCCUGACGCAGCCAAGUCUGAGGAGUCAUCGGCCCAGAAGGGUCGGCGGACAAAGAUACCGUAUGAGUCAAUUCUACUGUUGUCCAGCACAUCGACAUUCCCCAAGUCACGAGUACCGGAAGGUACGUUCGAGGGCUUGCCUGCGAACGGACCGCAGCAUUCACCCGAUCCGGACUUGGACGAUGACCUGGGUCUCAAUCUACCAGUGUACUCGUUACCCGAAGAGACGAUAGAGGGCCAACAUGGUCUGAUCAAGCAUUUCAUGCUAAAUGACAGAAAGCGCACGCUUACGCAAGAUUCCGCCGGUGAGGUCGUUCUUUGGGAUCUUUUGAAGUGCAAACCAAUACAAUCGUUCGGCAAGCGCCAUAUGGACGAUGUCGCGUCGGAGAUCAAUACUACUGAGAGCAUCGCCCAUUGGUGCACGAUUGACAUUCGAACAGGUCGAUUGUCUGUCAUUCUGGAGCUCAAUCGCUGCUUUGACGCCGAGGUCUACGCGGACGAGGCCGACCUUCUUGAUUACUCACAGAUCCGGGAAGAUCAGAGAAUAAAUCUUGGAAAAUGGGUUCUACGUUGGCUUUUUGCUCCCCUGGUGGACGAAGAGAUCAAGCGAGAUGACCAGUACCGUGCCUCGGCCAUUGCAAAGGCUGAAGAGUUGGCCAGACAGACCAUGUCGAGUGUCACGGCGCCGAUGGACAUUCCAUCACCAAAUGCAAAGAAUCUAGGAAUACAGAUCCCUUAUGAUCCAUCUUCUCUGCCCAUGCGCCCUGGAAAUGAAUUGUUUGGGAGCCCUACGACGCCUGGUUUCGGAAUCCAUCUUGCUACCACUCCAGGUUUUCUGACGUCUUCCAUGCUCAAUACUCACAACAAUCACUUUGGCACGUCGCCGGGUGAUUUCGGUGACCAUCUCGCAUCGCCUCAAGCCGACGUAGUGAGGAAUUCCAUGUCAGACAAAUCCGAUUACUUCUCGUCCCCGAGACCACAAGGCUCAAAUGCGAUGGAUGCGACGACACCGGGAGAUCCUACUCCAACCGCACUGCCUCAAUCGCCCGUCGAACCUGAUAAAGAGGAGAGGAAGAGAACGGGAUCAAUCUUUGGGAAGAAGUUCCGGAUGGAAUUCCCCAAGAAGCUGGGCAGGACCUCCUCCGAGGUCAAGCCUCAGGUUCAGGAGGAGAAGGUGGAGGAACCGGAAGAACCCGUGGCACUCAAAGAAGAGAAAGUUUUUGAUAGCAAUCUGAGCGGUUUCAUCGAGAGAAUUCGUCAUGAAUAUGAUGAAUUCCUCGCGGCGAAUCCGGGGCAGGAGCUCGUGUCAGCCAUCGCCCCAAGUCCUGAUAACGAGACCCCAAUGCUAGAUAUCCCUCCUCGUACUGCCGUUUUCAUUCAGGAGGAAUCGGGAGAUACCGCUGUGGCCUCGGACCUUUACAGAGGCAGUGUCGGUAGUAUCGGCCAGGAAAUUGACAGGCUUGAGAAGUCGAUACCCAUGUGGCUUGCUGAACUACUCUUGAAGAACCAAGUGCCUGUCAAGGAACCCGUCAAGAUCGCCUUUAUUCUGAAACCCUAUGACGACCUGCUGCCGCCCGUAUCCAAGCCAGAUCUGCCGGUUCCUAAUGGUAACGGUGUCAGCAAUUCUCGUCUGAAUGCCAACCGUAUGCUGCGUGCGAAGAAGAUUCUCGCUUACGUGGCGGAAAGAAUCGACCCUUCAUACUCCGAAGACCCGCAGGAAGGCGCACUGAAGCCGGAAGAAUAUCUGGAACUCUACUGCCAGAAGAUGCUCAUACCACCCAAUAUGACUCUCGCAACCAUCCGCGCUCAUAUCUGGCGAUCAUCCGGCGAUAUGGUUCUGUACUACAGAGCCAAUGGAAAGAAGGAGUUACCAAUGCCUGGGUCAGGCAAAGAAGGCGACCAAGGCAGUCAGUCGGCCGAUGCAACCAACACCACACAUCUGUCGGAGACAGCAGGCAUGGCCAACGGAGAUGGAGAAACAAUCACAGCCUCCCAGUUCCUGGAGCAUUUCCAGCGAGCAUGGAGCGAGUCGCGUCUCUCCUGGGGCGGACGACAGGCCAAUCGCCUUAUCCCUCGUAAACUGGGCUUGGCUGUCAGCGGCGGCGCAGACUCUAUGGCUCUGGCCUUCCUAUGCAAAAAAUUACAAGAACAGAACCUCGCGGAUGGGUUGACUGUCACAGCCUUCGUCGUAGACCACAAAGCCCGAGAGGAGAGUAGCCGGGAGGCCCGAACUGUAGCUGCAUGGCUGAGUGAUAUCGGCCUACAAGCACAAAUCCUAGAGCUCGAAUGGCCACAAGGCACCGACGUCUCCGCGUUCGAGACCCAUGCCCGACGUCUGCGCUUCCAGGCCCUCGGCAUAGCCUGCCGAGACAGACGCAUCAGCGCCCUCCUCAUGGGCCAUCACCAGGAUGACAACGUUGAGACGACCCUCUGGAGACUUUGUUCCGGCGCCCGAGGCGCCGGCCUGGCCGGGAUCCCGCCCAUCGCCCGAAUCCCAGAGUGUCAUGGCCUCUAUGGCGUCUCGGAGAGUGGCUCGUCGGCGCUCCUCCGGCCUCGGCCUCGCGACGACAGAGCAGGAGCACCCUCUGCUCUCGUCGGGAACACGACCAGACCGCAAGUCCAGGACGAGGACGGGGACAAGCGACCAGGCUUCCCCAUGGCCACCGGCGGCAUCCUCCUCUGCCGGCCCCUCCUGGCCUUCCCCAAGGCCUCCCUUCUCGCAACCUGCCACCAACACCGCAUCCCCUACGUCUCAGACCCGACAAACUUCGAUCCAACCCUCACCCCGCGCAACGCCAUCCGCAGCCUCCUGUCUCCAUCUUCCCCGCGACUCCUCCCGCGCGCCCUACAGGUCCCUUCCAUCCUCUCCCUCAUCCAAUCAAGCCAUGCCCUCAUCGAAGACGCCAUCGCUCACUCCAACAACCUGCUAUCCCAAUGCCGCCUCCUGGACUUCAACCCAAGCACCGGGACAAUGCUCAUCCGAUUCCCCAGCCCGCAACCGCAAUCGCAAUCGCACCUACCCACCCGCAUCCGCACCCCCCACUUCCAAACCCAGAUCCAAUCUCUCACCCUCCGCCGCAUCACAGAGCUCAUCUCCCCACACCCGGACAACCACUUCCCCCUGCCUAGCUUCGAGCAAUUCACCGCACGAGUAUUCCCUUCCUCUUCCCCCUCGCCACCCCCGACAUCGACACCGACACCAACGAACCGCCUCCCCUUCACACUAGGCGGCAUCAUGUUCCGCCCUUCCCAACCCCCGUCCGCCUCUCCUCCCAGUCAGAAACCCCAUCUCAACAAGGAGAAUGAGAGUGAGAAUACCUGGCUCCUCACUCGCCAACCUUACAUGCGCAACCGCGCCCCCUCACUAGCCCUCGAACUCCCCCGCCCAGAGUCAGAAACCAUGUACUCGCCCUGGAAACUGUGGGAUAAUCGGUUCUGGGUGCGGGCCGCCGUGGUCCCGGACAAGGGAGCCCGAGACCGAGACCGAGACCGAGACCCCGACAUGCGUGCGCAUUACAUGCAGUCCGAGCUCGAUGGCGUCCGUCGGUGCUUUGACGCGGAGGAUUUGUCUCUGGUUGUGCGGCCGCUGCGGCAGUCUGAUUUGCAGGUGAUUCGGGGGAUGACUGAUGGACAGGGUCGUGGAAAGAAUCAUCAGCAUCCCGCUGUGGUAGCGCUGCUGAAGCGCCUGGCGCUCGAAGCUCCGGGGCAAACUCGCUUCACCGUUCCUGUGCUGGUUGUCCAAAAGAAAUCUGGUGGCAAUGCACACCAAGUGCCGCUGGCGCUUCCCACACUAUCUUGCAGGUUACUUUCCGCUUCUCAGGCGCAAAGUCUACUUCAAACUUCAAUGCUUUGGACCGUACGUUGGCAAUGGAUGUACAAGAUGAUCGAUCAGGAUUCUCUGAAAUUGAUGGGUUGGUUAUGA